AUGCGGCUUUAUCUUGGUAUAUUCUUGGCUUUACCUGGAGUUGAAGGAGCUCCAAUGGCGGGCGUUGCUCUUGCCCUCGGCUUCACAGUGCCUCAGCUGCUUCCAUUUCGUUCUCCGAAAAAAGUAAAUUCGUUAAUCUCAGUUGAAACCCAACACACGGCUCUCAGACUUCAUCGGACAUCGCGGCGGCUUUCAUUCUCAAGUUACUGUUUUUGUAAUUAUUCAUCACAGCGAUCAUCACCCAUUCAAUUUUCAUCAAGUGAUUCUCCAAAUGGAAGAAAAGUUCUGUUUGCAACACCCGAGGUGGAAGUUAGUACUGAACAAAGUCAAUGGGCAAUGCAAGAUUUCUAUAAUUUAAGGAAAGAAGUCGAAACCACCUCAGCGCGAGUCGAGGAGAUAAGGGCCGCUGCUGUUCUGAAACUGCUAGAAAAAAAUAUUGCGGAUUUAGAGGAAGCCUCAGCCGAUAGCUCUUUGUGGGAUGAUCGUGUCAAAGCUCAGCAGACACUUCAGGCUUUGACCGAUGUCAAAGAAAAAUUAAAAACUCUCAAUGACUUCAAAGCACAGGUUGAAGAUGCAGAAACAAUAGUGAAGCUUACAGAGGAGAUGGACUCAAUUGACCCUGGGUUCUUUCAAGAAGCUGCUGGCAUCAUUAAAGAUUUGAAGAAGGCAUUAGACCAAUAUGAAUUGACCCAACUUCUCUCUGGACCUUACGAUAAAGAAGGCGCGGUUAUCAGCAUUACAGCUGGCGCUGGGGGCACUGAUGCCCAGGAUUGGGCUGAAAUGCUUGUCAGGAUGUAUGUAAGAUGGGGCGAGAAGCAGAGUUUCAAGACGAAAGUGACUGAAAAAUCGAUGGGUGAAGAGGCUGGGAUCAAAUCGGCUACUAUUGAAAUUGUGGGUCGAUAUGCUUACGGAUAUUUAUCAGGUGAAAAAGGGACCCACCGUAUUGUUCGACAGUCCCCUUUCAAUGCCAAAGGACUUCGCCAGACUAGUUUCUCUGGUGUUGAAGUCAUGCCUCUUCUUCCGGAUGAUUCUUUGGAUGUAGAAAUACCAGAAGAAGACUUGGAAAUAAGCUUCUCACGGGCAGGAGGAAAAGGCGGACAAAAUGUCAAUAAAGUCGAGACUGCAGUUCGCAUCACUCACAUUCCCACAGGAGUCACUUUACGGUGCACAGAAGAGAGAAGCCAGCUGGCGAACAAGAUCAAAGCUAUGAGCAGGCUGAAAGCGAAGCUGUUAGUUAUAGCAGAGGAGCAAAGAGCAUCAGAGAUCAAGCAGAUUAAAGGAGAUGCAGUGAAGGCUGAGUGGGGCCAACAAAUACGAAACUAUGUAUUCCAUCCGUACAAAUUAGUGAAAGAUGUGAGGACGGGACAUGAAACCUCGGAUAUUGUUUCUGUAAUGGAUGGGGAGUUGGACCCUUUCAUUAAAGCUUACCUUAAGUACAAAUACGGCGUGUCCAUGUCGAGUAUGGAAUAG